CAUGAAAGUAAAAUUCUAGAUAUUAUAUUUUCGAUCGACUGAUGGCUGCUAGUAGGUGAUGAAUCUAACGGAUUUCUACAAGAAUGAAAUCUUUUCGUGUUUACGUUGUAAUUGCCUCGCUGCUUCUACUCGUAACAGCUUUGUUAUUCUGUACCAAUCUGCAUCCUCGUCCAUCCAUCGAUGUUCUUUCUAACGUCAUUCCUCAGCCUAAUGGACAAUUCUCUGGUGGACAUCUAGAGCUGCGGCUCAACAAGUUAUACGAUGGUGUCGAAACUCUUGUUUUAUUCAUCGGCCACGCUCGUAGUGGUCAUAGUCUCAUCGGAGCCAUUUUGGAUGCUCACCCAGAGAUUAUCAUUCCUCACGAAUAUAAUUUGAUAGUAAAGUGGAGUGAAUUCAAACUGAAAAGCGGCAGUGGGCUAAAGACCCGUGUCCUUUUUGCCCUGCACGCCUUGUCACGAUUUCAAGCAAUGUUUGGAAACCGUGCAGCAUCACGCCGUAGCGGUGGUGGGUAUAGUUACUCUGUACCUGGACAGUGGCAGGGAACGUAUAAAGAAAGAGUAAAGGUCAUUGGAGACAAAAAGGGAACAGCAACAAGCCAUUUGUUAGAAAAUCCAAAAAAUUUUGAUAUUUUGGAGGAUAUAAGCAGAACUCUUACCCUAAAACUUAAAUUCAUUCACGUUAUCAGAAACCCGUUUGACAAUAUUGCCACUAAAUUGCUGAGAAAUCUCGAGGUCAGGGACAUGGCUAAAAGCAGCACAUUUAAAGCUGCAUAAAGCGACGUUUGUUGACUUCAAAGUGACACAUUGAAAAUACAAGCAAGCAAUGUAACCUUGUUGGAUAAAAUUAUCGACGACUUUUUUGCCAAAGUAAAGUCCGCUGAGAGACUGAAACGAUAUGGGAAGUUCGAAGUACUAGAUGUCUACGGUCAUGAAGUUAUUUCCAAACCCCGUGAAAGUCUGCAAAACCUAUGCAACUUUCUAAAAGUAGCCUGUUAUCCAGACUUUGUCGAAUCUGCCUCAGAACUACUGUACGCUAAGCCGUCGUUGACGAGACAUGCGGUCGCGUGGACUUCAAAACAGAAGGAAAGAAUUAUGAACGAGAUGAACAAGUACUCUUUUCUGGAGCGUUUUUCUUUUGAUAGUGAUUCUAAAUAAUUAUAAAUUUUCUUUUAAUGGAUGAGUGUUGAUGAAGCUUAAAGCGUUCAUACUCUGUAUAGAAGAGAACAGUACUCUUUGCAAAAAAUUUCAUCUUGGACUCAAACGAGCAACAUCAGACCGUGUUUGAGAUAAGCAUCAAAGUCUUCUGGUGACACUAAUUAAAAAGCUUUAUUUCUGGAUUUCCUUCAUGACUUUCUCUUUGUGUUCGUUAUUCCAUUCUAUCAAAUGCGUAGUCCGAGAUGAUUUGGAAUAGAGAUCUCUUGUUGCUAAUUCGACAAAAUCACUGUAACAAGAAACACCAACAAAGUCACAUACCAGCUGUUUACAUUGAGAAUCUGAUAGUGUCUAAUUUUACGAAGAUAUGGAACUGCCUGUGCUUUGAUGAAAUAUUUUUCGAUGCAGAAGUCGAGGUUGGUUGCAUUCCCUGCCCUAUAAGAAAAUCAUAAGGUUUUAGAUUGUGAUUCAAUGACAACUAAUUAUUAUUUUAUCAAAACAGUUUAUGUGAAUAUAUGUAAACAAACAGUAAAUCACAAAUAUUCUUACAGAACUAAUGGUAAUAAUAAAACAAAGGAAAAAAUGGACGAUAUAUAGUGGAUAUUGCACAAGGACAAGAAGUUAUGAAUUCCAUGUACUAGUGGCAAGAACAAUAUCGCGGCCAUUAUCCCGGAUGUAGCGAUCGUAUUGAUUCUGCGAGUGUUUCAGUUCCUGGUAAAACACUCCAGUCCAUAUAGCAAAAUCAAAUAUUAUCAUGAAAAAUAAAAGGUUUACUUUGAUAAGAACCAGUGAGAAAUAAUGGAAAACAAACUUCUAUAUUUGCUUACUAUUUGAAGACUUCCAGGAUUCACACCGUUAUCAAAUGGAUUUCUGAUGACGUUAA